UCUAGCCUGCUCGUUAUGGUGCCUCCCAUCCCAUAGUCCCAUGGCUGCCAAGCGCCUCUGCUCGCUAGUCGCUAGGGUUAGAAAUUAAGGGCAGCGGGGGAGGCGAGCGGGAAGGCACAGCAGCGCCGCCGCCGCAGCCCGCAGGCACGGUUACACGGGCACGGGGCACCUGUCGGCGGUGCGGCCCGGAGGUCCAUCGACCGCCGACCAGCAACCGAUUGGGGACAUACUCGUCAAGAGGAGAGCAUGAAGGGCGGGCCUGGUGCAGCGGUAGAGCCUCACCGCCUGUGACCGAGAGGUCCCAGGUUCGAGUCGCGGUCUCCUCACAUUGCAUUUCGUGAGGGUAAGGCUUGCCACUAAUACCUUCCCCAGACCCCGCACAGUGCGGGAGCUCUCAGCACUGGGUACGUCCUUUUUAAUAACGAAGGAGCACAUCACGAUCUUUGGUUACAAGAUUGCCAUAUGUCUUAGUGCUCUCGCGCCGGUAUAGCGCCGUGCUCCGGAACACUAUUGUAUAAAUUUUAUGUACAGUUUGUAAAAUAAAAAUGGUUAACUGGCCAACUGUUAAUGAAAAAAUGUUCAUAAAUAUGAAAUGUAAUUGUUCAUAUAUGCCAAAAAAAAUUAUGUAUAAAUAAUUCCUUUCGAAGAACUUUUGAUUUUUUUUUUGAUGGAAAAACAUAUUGCAUGACUAUCUGGAUCCGUUUGUACGCACCUUGCACUAAAUUCAGCUUAAUUUUAUUGUACAUAGAAGGUGUUUUAGCCAAGACAGAGAGCUAGAAUCAAGCCGCACCGCACGUCGUCAUCAGAGCGCGUCUGCUCCGUUCCUGGGAUGGAAUCCCAACAGGCGACCAAGCCCAAGGCCGCAAGAGCAACAGCGACUCGCCGGGGCAGCCUCCUGGAAGAGAUCGUCGUCUGGGAGAUCCUCGUCCGCCUCCCCCCAAAACCCCUCCUCCGCUGCCGCGCCGUCUGCCGCGCCUGGCGCCGCAUCACCUCCGCCCGCGAUUUCCUCCUCGCCCACCACGACCACCAGCCCAGCCUUCCCAUUUUCUCCGGCCACAACCCGUGGAUCCGCGGUGUCCAGCGCCACAAUAUCCUCGCCUUCGACCCGCGGGCCGCCACCGACGGCGACCGGCUCCACGCCGUCGCACAGCUCGACGACGUCUUCUACCCGAAGGCCUCCUGCGACGGCCUGCUCCUUCUCCACAAGUUGGGCUCCAUCGGCUCCAGAUCCCGCCUCUCCAUCUGCAACCCAGCCACGCGUCAGCAUGCUCCCCUCCCCGGGCCACCGUGGAGCUUCAGCACCAUGGGGAUGUACCCGCACCGCCCCACCGGCGAAUACCGGCUGUUGCUGCAGCGGGAGAGGUGCGUUGUAGCAGAUCCGGCACCUAAUAAAAAUCAAACUGGCUGCUACGUCUUCACACUGGGCUCCCACCAGCCACCGAGGUACAUUGGGUGGCCGGAGACGGCGUCGUGGAUCUUCAAUGUACCUGUCUGGACACACGAUUGCCUUCAUUGGUACCCGGUGUAUUAUCCCGAGAGCGACAGCAACCCGUAUGACCCUGCGCGUGGAAUCAAAUUCAUGGUGUUCGACACCAUAGCCGAGUCUUUCCGGGAGAUGCACCAACCAGUGGUUUCCCACUACUCAUACAUCUUUGACAUGGGUGACACCCUCGGCAUCUACACCCGUGACCAUUCCGCUCAAGUUGUUGAUAUACGGGUGCUGCAGGACUACGACAGCGAGGUUUGGGACUUGAAGUACCGAAUCAAGCUGCCGGUUGCAGAAAUCAAGAGGUGGGUUGAAGACUCUGAUGAUAACUAUAACUACAGGGAUUCGGACGUUAUCUCGGUGGAUGGUGGCGUGCUCCUUCUGGUCACGGUUUCUGAGUGGCUGUUUCACGUUGUUAGUGAUGGAAAAUUGGUUAGCAGCUUCUAUCGUGGCCGCGAUGGCCUCUGUAUGCAUGGAUGCCGGCUCAAGCAAAGUCUUGUUCAGCAUGCCUUCUUCCCGGCUCUAGAAGGUUAUGCUGUGAAUGCUUCACCAUUCAUCUGA